CUCAAGAUGGCUGCGCUCUUGCUGAGACACAUCGGCCGCCAUUGCCUCCGAGCCCACCUUAGUUCUCAGCUCUGUAUCAGAAAUGCUGCUCCUUUGGGAACCACAGCUAAGGAAGAAAUGGCACGGUUCUGGAAUAAGAACACGAGUUCCAACCGUCCUGUCUCUCCCCAUUUGACUAUCUACAGGUGGUCUCUUCCCAUGGCAAUGUCUGUUUGCCACCGAGGCUCUGGGAUAGCCAUGAGUGGAGGGGUCUCUCUUUUUGGCCUGUCGGCACUGCUGCUUCCUGGGAACUUUGAGUCGUAUCUGAUGCUUGUGAAGUCCCUGUGUUUGGGGCCAGCGCUGAUCCAUGCAGCCAAGUUCGUGCUUGUCUUUCCUCUCAUGUACCACUCAUUGAAUGGGGUCCGACACUUGAUGUGGGACCUAGGGAAAGGCCUGUCGAUUUCCCAGGUCCAGUUGUCUGGAGUGACGGUCUUGGUUCUUGCAGUGCUGUCCUCUGCAGGACUGGCAGCCAUAUGAAGAGCUGGGAUUCCCACAUCCGUCCUGUGCAUCAUCACACUGAUCUCUAUUCCUGUUUGUCACUCCUCCCUCCAGCCACCAAGGUUCUCCUGAUUUGUUUAGAUGUCAUGUGCUUCCGAUCCCCUGGGGGCACAGUAGAGAAGCUUACAGAACUGUAAUAGUAGAAAGAAUCCUUUUCCCUAGGCCUAGGAGCCCUCAUUCCUCUCCACUUUUGACUCUGAUUUGUGCUGAGGGUCAGCUUUGUGCUGCUUCUUGCUGAGACAGUGGAAACAAUGCCAGUUCUGUGGCUGCCCUGAGUGCCACUGCCUGUGGGCUGCAGGCUUAAAGGACACUUCUGUUCAUUGGUCAGCUCAGGGCCUUUAGCACCCACACAGCGUGACUGAGAGAAGAGAAAUGGAGGUGGAGGGGAUCAUCCUGCCCAGCUAGAGGGAGAUAAAGAGCAGCGUGGAUCUUGGGAGCUCAUGCUUGGGGGAAAGACAGACAGCUUUCCAUGUAUGAGGAAGAUCAAAAAAAAAUUGUAUUAAGAUUGUUUCAUUUUUCAUUUCUAGGAACAUACACCUUUAAUGUCAUUUUUUCUAAUCUAAAUUCAUGUACCAUCUUUCUUUGGAAAUGAUUAAAGUACUACUCAUUUUA